AUGGCCCAUCUUUCUUCAAGCCAUCUAAGGUCUGGGUUGAAAGAUCUGAACAGGGAUCUUUCGCCAAACGUCACAGCAGUAACUGUUGAUGACGACAUUUUCCGUUGGGAGGCUACUUUAAUCGGACCGGUUUGUUUCGUCACAAAAAUUUGCCACCCAAACAUAUCAGAUAAUGGAGGCAUAUACUUAAGAGUGUUGAGGGCCGCCUAUUGGCAUCCCAUGUCGAUUGUUUUGCUUUUCAAGAGAUUAGUGGAGAAUUUGAUUGAACCAGAGGUCAAUGAUGAGGACCAGAUCAAUGAAAAUCUUGCCAACCUCUACAAAUCUGAUAGGACAAGGUUUGAAGCAAUGGCUAGAGAGAUGACAAACCAAUACGCUGGGAGAGGAAACUGA